AUGGGUGGGCAGGAUAAUAAGUCCGGAAAUGAGAAGCGAGCUGUAUUACGGCAACGUUUGAAAAUCAAAGUAGACCCAUCCCAAGUCCGAUUGAAGGCCGCAGGGGAGGGUUACUCUUGGAAGAUCAACGAUCCCUCUCUCCGACCCUUGUUCCGAAAGAAUCUUAGCAAACAUUCGGUUGGGGCAUAUAGGCGUCUAUUGAAAGAAGUUGGGAAUUCAUUCUUCGCAGUCAGAGAAUCUGCAACGCAAACCGUCGAGCUCGAUCCUGGAAUCAUUACAGACCAGGCUAUUAAACUACAAGCUGCGAUGGAGAGAGUGGAAUCACUCGAGAAGGCCUUGGGCGCCGCAUACGAAGAGCUUCAAUGCAGAGAUCAAACACUAAAAGAAGCCCAGGAAACGAUCAGCGUACAAGAACAAAUUGUUCAAAAUUGGCAAACGUUGGCUGAGUUUUACGAGGCGAAAUGCAAACAGAACGACUAUACUAUCGGCCAGCUGAAGGGGAUAUUACAGACAUCGGAGACGAAUAUCAUGUGA